GGCCAUGAAAAACUGUGUUGAUAAAAAUCCCUGGUGCAGGUUACAGCAGCCUCUGAAUGUUUUUUUCCACCAUCCAUGGCAGAAGUUGAAGUCAUAUCUACCUGCUUAGUCGUAGCAACGGCGGAAAGAGCCGCCGCCGCCGCCGCUAGGGUUGAUUUAACUCCAUGGGAUCUGCAGUUCCUCCCAAUCGGACCCAUCCAGAAAGGCCUCCUCUUCCACAAACCCACUCCUCAUCAACAACACCAACUCUUCAACUCCAAAUUGAUUCACCACUUGAAAACCUCUCUCUCCUCCACCCUCGAUUUCUUUCCGCCGCUUGCCGGACGAUUCGCCUCCGAAACCACCAGCAACGACGGAGAGAAUGACAAUAACACCUCCACCGUCGUUUUCGUGGAGUGCAAUAAUGCCGGUGUGGAAUUCGUGGAAGCCAAGGCCGCCGGCUUGGCGGUGGCGGCCAUUCUCGACCCCUCAAACGACGACGUUUCGAAGAUCAUCCGCUCAUUCUUUCCCCUGAAUAACACUCGCAACUCCGACGGGAUCUGCAAGCCGCUGCUGGGUGUGCAAGUGACGGAGCUUCUUGACGGCUACUUCAUCGGCUGCACUCUGAAUCACGCCCUCGCCGACGGCGGUUCCUUCUGGAAUUUCUUCCGGUCAUGGUCCGAGCUUUCGCGUGAUUCCCACCGUCAGAUCUCGAAAACCCCGAUCCUGGAACGGUGGUUCCCGGACAAGACCACUUGCCCGAUUCGUCUCCCUCCCUCGCCGCUAGAUGUUUCUGCUUUCACGCCGCCGCCACCAUUACCGGAGGCGGUAUUCCGCCUGAGCAAAGAAAACAUAGCUAAGCUCAAAAACAGAGCAAACUCUGAAAUGGGAGUAACGGAAAACCCCAUCUCCUCCCUGAUGUCAUAUCUUGCUCAUCUCUGGAGAUCUGUCAUCCGAGCAAAAAACCUAGGCAGUAACGAAGACGUUAAUAUCAUGAUAAUCGUAGGUGCGCGUCCGAGGAUGUCUCUGCCGGAAGCAUAUUGGGGGAACGCGGCUUUCUUCGAGGUGGUGACGGCAAAAGCAGAGGAGGUGCUGGAGAAUGGAUUGGGGUGGACAGCGGGGCGGAUGAAGGAAGCAGUUCAGAAGUAUACACAGGAAGAAAUAGUGAAUCGGUAUAUGAGCUGGGUGAAAUCUCCCGUUCUUCACAGGAUGAAGAGUUUCCCAGCGAAUAUGCUGGGGAUCAGCAGCUCUCCCCGGUUCGACGUCUACGGGACGGAUUUCGGGUGGGGGAAACCGGUUGCAGUGAGGAGCGGAAUGGCGAAUAAGAUAGAAGGGAAGGUGACAUUAUUUGCUGGACCGGAAGAAGGGAGUGUGGACAUGGAGCUCUGCCUUCAUCAUCGAACACUAAAGGCGCUGAAAAAUGAUCCAGAGUUUUUGGAGUAUGUCACAAUUCCCGGAAGCAACAAAUAAGUACAGUUAUCUAUCUGGUCUCUAUUGUGUACUGGUUUUUUUCCUGACUGAUUGCUCGAGGAUUGGUGAUGAGAGUUUGAUGAAUAAUGUGUUUCGGUAUUUGCAUUGUUUUGUGCCUUUUGACUGAAAUAAUGUUGUACUCCUUGGUUCUGAUGAUCGUAGUUUGUCAUUGGGUUGCUUAUACGGAGUAUAAAAGAACAAAAUAGGACUAAAUUUAUAUGGAUAUUGUGUUGGGUGGUGGAGAUCUCAUCCACUCAAAUGUAGAAGGAAAGAUGUUGGGAUGCUUGAGGCGGAACACAGCCCAAUUGCUUGAGGUCGAAGUUAGGUUUAUUGGGGCCGAAACUAGGUUGCUUGCAGGGGCGGAACCAGGGGAGCGAGCCGGUGCUGGCGCCUCCCCUUUGCCGGAGAUUUUAGGGUGUAUAUAUGUCAGCGCCCGGUCUUCUUCUUCCCCUGCUCCUGGUGUUUCCCAUCGACCUCUGUGCUGCUGUUGGGCGAUUGUCGAGUACUGUAUUUCAAAAUUUAGAUCUGUUUUUGCUUAAUACAAACGACGCCGUUUGGUUAAGUAUUUAAAAGGAAUGAAACGACGUCGUUGGGCUUAAUGGCCGAAUUUAUUUAGAAUUUUCUUGAUGUUAAUGCGUUGUCAAAGGCCCAUUUUAUUUUGAGUUUUGCUUUGGGUACACAAAAUGUGUACACAUUUCCGCCUUCACAGAAAUUUUGUCUUUCACAGUCGGCACAGUCACAUACAACUCGUUUCUUGGGGGUACACAUUUUGAGUUGUCUGUGACAGACAAAAUUUCUGUGAAGGACAGAAAUGUGUACACAUUUCGUGUACCCAAAACAUUUUUCUUUUAUUUUACCUAAAUGCUGAAAUGGGGGUAUUUGGUAAUCCUAAACAACAGGCGUAAGGUCUGUGGUCCGCCGCGAUAGAGGAAAGGGAAGCCUCUGCUACUCCAUUACGUUUCAAAGCUACGGCCUAGUGGCCUACAUGUUUACGGAGUACUCCCUCUGUAAUAUUCAUAUCUUCUCACUUUUCUUUUUUGGAUGUAACAUUUAUAUCUUCCCAGUUCUAAAUAUUCUCAUCAUAUCCUAAAUAAUUAAAAAAAUAAUACACUAUUACAC